UGAUUUCCUGGAAUUGAUUGUACGUGCCCCGAAAAACCUUGGAUCGAGGUGGCGUACCCUACGUACCCUACACUUUCAGUAUAAGAUUCCACGCCCUGGAGACAAGAAUCGCGUGUGAAUCUUGUCGUAUUCAGGGUUGGAGAGCGCUAUUCUUCAAGCUGAUAUGGAAAAGCUGCUUGUCAUGAUGCACCGGCAUGGUAUUCUCUUGAUUGUUUUAACAUUGGACUUGUUGCGGUGGUUACACUUCGCUCUCACUGCUAAUACAUAAAUAGAUUAGCGUUUAAACUAGCGCCUUCCGCUACUUUCCAAAGUGUAGCCUUACCAUGCCAACACACAGAACGCUGAAUAACUCCGCUUGGAUUCGGGACACUCCCUCUGUACUUCGAGCUUCAGGUAGGCUAGGCUUUACUCAGCUCCAUGCUCGCCAUGGGCACAGCGUUGAGUAAAGAUCCGGCGCGUACACCUAGAGCAAAGCUUUCGCUCUCGUCGAAGAAGAAAAGAAAGAUCGGAAACGUGUCCAGCACGAUCGCACGCCAGAGCAUCACUUGGCCAAAAAGAAUAGAAACGGGCCUGGAGGAGAUUGAUCAAAGCCUUCUUGAGCUAAGCCUCAAUUCAGGUGCGGACAAGCGAGCGCAGAGGUGUCAUUGGAACAAGCUGCCCACCGAACUUAAGCUACAUGUCUUUUCAUUCCUGGGAAUUGUUAUGGGCGACCCUGUGCGCCAUCCAGCUACGACAGGUAGCAGAUAUCACCUCGAAACGCUCAGAUUUCGCCUUGUAAAUAAAGAGUUUCGAACGCUGUACAGAGACGUCUGGUACAAGAGCAACACAUUCGUUGUCGCACCAAUCUGGAUAAACCCUUUGGAGGAGGAUCGCCCAAUUUUUGUGUACCCAGCGGCACGGAAUGGCCACUUCAUUCGCAAACUUCAAGUCGAACUCACAUUGGAUUGGGGACAUGAUGGGCUCGAGAUGCUUCGUUGUCAGACCACCGAUUGGUGCCGUCUCUUCCGUCCGCGACCGCAUGUUUCAGCAUUUCAGGACGAGCACGAUAAGAGAGACGAUAAAGACGAUCUCGGCUUCGAUAUGAAUGGGGGCGGUUAUACUCGUCACUGUGCCUGCGGAGAGAGCUGUAGCUUGGGCACCAGCACUACAGAUUGGCAAAAUCACUUCCAGUCGCUCGACGAGCUCAAGAUCAGCCUUCGCGUCACAGGCUUUGACGGAUGCUCCGAGGGUUGUACUCAAUCCGCACAUGAGCUAAUUCAGAUGUUCACGAACAGUGUGAGACGUUUGAUGAUCGCCUCGGAGAUAAUCGUCAGCGCAAAAAACGUUGACGUGCGUGUACACUGCGACUGUGAGCGUGUAGCAGCGUUUGUACAAAGUCUUGUCGAGGGCAAGAUCAAGAAACGAUGCAGCUAGUCGUGUACCGCGACACCGAAACUACAAUGUUCGCCAGUUUAUCGCUGUACGUUUUACAUCCAAGUGGUCCAGAUACUUCUCCCAAAGUCGAGUAAUACUAGAUCUUCCC